AUGUGUCAACUGUUAUGGAUUAUCAAAGGCGAAUUGGAAACCGAAUGGCUGCAGUCAGCUGGCCUCGGUUCUCUGGCGGCACCAUUCCAGGCCGGUUUGGAAGUUACCGAGGCCCAACUGGGUGAGGCAGUUAGGCCUCUGCCCAGGGAACAAGCUGCAGCAGUUCGACGGAGGGUUCGAAGACUCAACAGAACAGUUAGGAGAAAGCGAGCUGCUUCCAGAGCAAGAAAGCCAGACAUAAGGGAUGUGUUUAGGGAUUUGGAGAACUCAAGUGGUAGUGAACCGCGGUCGCGCAGCGCGACUCCCGACUCAUUGGAUUCUCUGCCUAGCGGCGGCUCUGGCAGCCCGCCGACCGAAUGGGCUGAGCCCGCUACGCCGCCGGACUUCGUCGACAGUUUCCCUCCUGUGAGCACACACGCGCCGCUAGCGCGCACUCCGUCGGCGCCAGCGGCGCGGCGCGCACGACAGUCGCCACCCUCGCCGGCCAGUCGACACUCUCCCCCGCUGCCCAUGCACGAACUGUUCAAACCUAAUGAUCUACACUGGGCUGAUAUUGCGACUAAUACUGAGGGAAUCGAACUUCUAGGUUACCAAAGAUACGGAACAGUUCAAGGGCCGAGGAUAGGAAAAGAACGAAUAAAUGGAUCCAUACUCAAAGACAAUGAUCCUUUCACAAACAAUAAACUUGCGCAUGCGCCGGUGUCUCGUGCGAAAAGCGCUGCGUCAACGCAGCAGCCGCUCAGCUUCGAACAUAAAUUUAAUCUCGACAAGCAGAUGCUGGAUCAGGAGGAGGAUUGGCCUGAAGAAGACAGCUCAGUUGAUAUUGAGAGCAUUGAAGAGCCGCAGCUUAAACGUUUGCCGCCUCUUCUGUGGUUGGAGCUUACAGCGCUCUUUGAUCGAUACUCGCUACCCUUCCAGAAGAGGAAAUCCCCCAAGAAGAAAAGGAAAGAAGAGGGUUCAGUAUUCGGUGUAUCUUUGGAAACGUUAGUGCGCAAGGAUAUGAUAAUUUGGGAAGAAACGUGGAGCUGCGCACCCAGCAUAGUUAGAGCCUUAGCCUCGGAGCUUCACCAGCGGACUAACGACGAGGGGCUACUCAGGGUGCCGGGCAAUAAACAGAAGAUCGAGGCUCUGUGCGGGCUGAUCGAGCGCGGGUGGUACUCGUCGCGCGGCGCGGUGGAGGCGGCGCUGGCGCGCGCCACGUCGCACGACGUCGCCGCCGUCUUCAAGCGCCUGCUGCGCGCUCUGCCGCAGUCGCCGCUCACGCAGGAGCUCAUGCGGCUCUUCUACCACACCUACUCACUCAGUGGCACAACCCAAGGUCGCACACUGAACCUGCUCGUGCUGCUCCUGCCGGCCGAACAGCGAGCCACACUGCGGGAGGUGCUGCGUCUCAUGAAAGAAAUCGUCGCCAGAUCGGACAUCAACAAGAUGAGCGAACAUAACGUCGCCAUGAUCAUCGCACCCGCUCUCUUUCCACCCAGUCUCCUCAUCAAGCCGUCGGACAGCCUGGAGACCCAGCUGGCCACGGCGGCCAACAGCUGCCACGUGACGGAGGCGCUGAUGCGGUGGUGCGAGCGCCUGUGGGUGGUGCCCGCCGCGCUGCUCGCCGCCGCGCGCCGCAAGCCCUCGCCGCAGCGCCGCCCGCACCACACCUGA